AUGGCUGCCAUGGCUCAAAACAGGUUAAGCUUGGAAAGCGAAAAGGUCAAUGCCCCUUUGGCAAACCGCCUGCCAAAGUUAAACCCUGAGCGUCAACAGACACCUGAGCCACUUGAAGAGCCCGUGACACCGGUGCGAUCAGCUCGACGGGGAUUACGGUUGGAUUUUCCGACAAAUUCUCAUCCCUUUUCCAAUUCGCCGGUACGCGAGUCAAUGCGAGCAGCACGUGGCAGUCACGUUAUUCGAGCUGACAGGAUUGGCAUAAGUGAAGAUUACCAUUUCCCCUUUUAUAGGGGGAGUUAUAGGAGGUCCGGGCUAUUCAGCAAGAGUCAUUCUAACUCUUCAACUCCUCAUCGACGUCCAAGUCGAGCGGUUUCGUUUUCAUCUCGGAGAAGGGAAACAAUUGACACUUUCGAAAACGCCUCCCGUAGCCCAUAUGUGGCCCCAUUGAUUAUUUCUGAUAAUGAAUGGCCUUUCAAAGUAAGCAGCGGCCGCAAAGCGCCCCAUCGUAAACACGAAGAAACACUUGAGUCGAUGCGAAUGCGAACAAAUUCUGUUCCUAUAUCCUCUUUCCGCGACAGUCCUCGUGGUUCGGGGAACUUCUCAAGUUCGCAUCGGCACAGUUUUUUUGUCUAUACUGAGGCAGACGAGAGGAAAGAGGAGGGAACUGAGUGGAGGACAUUUGUGUCGAACGUGUUCCCACCGCGUGAUUCGUCGGAAUCCGCCAGCGGUGCAAGGAGAUCUCAAGUUUUCAGGAGAACGCCUUCCAGAGGCAGAGAAACGGGGCGACAUGCAACACCGGAAAGAGUUCUAUUUCGUCUCAACGAGUCCGAAGCCAUUCGAGUUUUGGACCAUGCGGAGAUCUUGACGGGGAGGAGCGAAAUGCCGACGCCGGAUGUGUCUGUGCCCAACGCAUGGGGUUCAGGACUGGUCCCUCUUCGGACGCAUGAAGUUAUUCUACCAGAGAGGACUAAAAAGAAGACGGUGGGCGAAAAAAUGGCUUCGACCGUGAACGAAAAUGUAAGAUCUCAAGCCGAAAUCAACGUGGGGACUUCAGCUGCGGCGGGCGGCGACUCCCCACCUCCUGUUGAAAUGAAUCGUGGAGGGAAAAAUGCGGACAAUACGACUUACCCAAACGUCAGCGGCCACAGUCCCAACACUGCCCCCAUUCCAAUUCCUGGGUUAAGGGCGGAUGGCGGUGCAUCGAGUCGUGGUUCGCUGGAUGGUAAAAGCGAGCCGAAAGGGAGGUCGGAUAAACUUUUACCUAAUUCGACCGUGCCCACCAAAGCGGGUACGAAAGAAAUGGAGGCUGUUGGAAGUACUACGGCGGGUGCAUCGAAACCAGCGCGUCAGGGAGUUUCAUCCUUUUCUCUUCCCAAAAUGAAUGAACUCCAUUCGAAGGUUAUGGAGAAACUUUCCGAUAAGAUGAAUGAAUUGCGUGGAGAAAAUGCCGCGCCGGGGAGAGAAAUCCUGGCGACUCACAUCCAUUCUAAAGAGAAAGUGCCAGCCUCUGCGCUUCCUGAUGGAGAAGAACGUCUGGAUCCAUCCAUGGCAAUAAGAUUUGUGGCUGGGGACAGUGCUAUGUCGGGAAUCACAGUUACAGCAGGUGAGGGUGAGGAGGAAAAUCUUGUUGGUUUAAAUCUCGAAGAGCCCUUAGAAGCCGCUGUUUCUUCCGUGGGCACUUUCUUGAGGACGUUGCUUUCCUCCUCGAGUGACAACAAACGGGAGCUCGUUGAGUUGCCAACGGCCGAUAUCAUGGUAAGCUGCCUCCUGGAGUUUUAA